AUGAGCGAGGUGGAGGAGAAGUGGAGUGAAUUCGAUAGCUCAACUGUCGUCCAGCUUCUCAUUCGCCACUGCCCAGCGUUAGAGGUACCAGCUUCCAUCAGCAAGUUCCAUGGUCUGCAUGGUGUUAAGUUGUACAACUCGACUAUUGUCGACUGGGGCGAGUCGGCUGCAUUCACUAAUGCGAAUCACCCAGAUAUUCUGUCACUCUAUCUCGCUCGCGUUAACAUGACAGGCGGUUUAUUGCCCGCCGGAUUUCAGUCACCCGAUUUUCCACCCAGUCUUUUCGACAUUGAGUUCUGCGCAACAAACCUUCGUGCAAUGCCCGAUGAUCUUGACCUCAAGUGGCCACGACAAGGCGACAUCCAGUUCGAGUAUUGUCAGUUGACGAGCUUUUCCUCAGUGUUUCUUCGGCUUGAGCCUAAAUUCCUGGUUCUCACCGGCAAUCCGAUGACAGAAGUUCCUGCUGACGUUUAUGAGAUCCCAGGGCUCCAAACUCUGGGACUUGGGCAGCUGAAUCUCAACGAACUGCCGCGUAAUGUGAUGAACCCCGCUGCGUCACUAAUCGCGAUCUUUCUCGAUGGUACCAACAUUUCCUACUUCUGGCCGUGGAUGGACGAUAGCGUCACAAUGGAGACGUGGGGGAUCUUGAUAGCGCCUCUCACUCCGUACUGCAGCGAUCUAGAGGCGAUAAAAACUGGUCUAACAUAUGCGUUCAGUGCGCCUCCAUCCCCUGACUACGCACGGAUGCUAAUGGAUCCGUCCAAAGCAAACUUACCAUCAAUCAACUACGUUGUUGCCAAGGACGGCUUUUCGCGACUUGAUUACUCUUAG